UCCACCGCACGGGCGCGGCAGCAUUUCCUCCUCCUCUCUCGCUUCCUCGUCUGCAACGUUGCCACGGUCGCCUUCCAACUCCUAUCCUCCGACCGCCACCGCACAACCCGGCCCCCAUGGCCGCCACCUCCACCACCCUUUCCCCUGGCUUCUCCUCUCUCCUCCGCCCAAUUCCCAGGAUCCGACCCCAACGCCAGUCCCAAUCGCAACCACCGAACCCCAAACCCCCUAAACCCCUCUGCCUCGGCCUAACCCUCCCCCCGGCGACCGCGGCGCCCCGCCUCGCCGCGGUGCCCGACGGCGUCGCCAUCGCCGACGUCGUGGAGAAGGACUGGUCCUUCCUCGAGUCCGCGGGCGCGGACCUCCAGCGCGCGCUCGCCGCGGGGGCGCUCUCGCCGGCGUCGCGGGUGCUGGCCGUGACGCCCACGGCGGCCUUCGUGGGCGCGCUGCUCGCGUCCUCGCCGUGCGAGCUCCUCGUGGCCGCGCACGAGUCGCUGUACGUGCUGGCGGGGGUCAAGGAGGCGCACGACGAGGUGAGGUGCUUCCACCUCGAGGGUGGGGGUGGGGGAAAGGGCGGCGGCGUGGUGGAGGCCGUGCCGGAGAGGUUCGUCGACUUCGAUGUCGUGUUCGUGUGCUACUUCCCUGGGAUGGGGAUCUCUGCCGCGGCACUGCUCAAGUCGCUGACCAAGAGGUGCUCCAAAGGUGCAAGAGUUGUCAUGUUCUUGGAUCAAGGCAGGCAGAACUUUGAACAACACCGGAGAGAGCAUCCUGAUGUUGUAACAUCUGAUUUGCCCAGUAAAUCAUCACUGGAGAAGGCUGCAUCAGGGAACAAGUAUGCAAUAACAGAUUUUGUGGAUGAGCCUACCUUGUACCUUGCUGUUUUGCAAUAUCAAGGAUAAGAUUUUCUAUAUUUUAAAGCAAAUUGUGAUUGCUUGCGAUGGCUAGUUUCAGGGUGGCUUAAGUAAUUAUAUCUCUUUGGCCAGCUUGUGUUAUAAUUUUUGGUGCCCUGUUCAAUUUGUUUGAGAUCUACCGAAUCACCAAGGCAAAUCUUGAAGCCUGGAUAUUGAUCCAAGCGUUUUGCAUUCAGAGCACAUACAAUGGGGGUGCUUAGUAUGCAUGUGCAUAGCGACAAAAUUAAUCUUUUUUUUUUUGCUUUAUUUUCACCAGGUGUAAUAAGAUGUUUAA